AUGGGGUUUAGUUCAUUUUCUUGCAGUGCCAUGGGAGCCCUAAUAGUGGGCUGCCUUCUGCUUCAAGCAACAAACUCUAAUGCUCAGUUGAGGCCUGAUUUCUAUUUUGGAACAUGCCCGCGUGUUUUCGAUAUCAUUGGGAAUAUCAUCGUUGAUGAAUUGGCCUCUGAUCCCCGUAUUGCCGCUAGCAUCCUUCGCCUUCACUUCCAUGACUGUUUUGUUAAUGGGUGUGAUGCAUCGAUCCUGCUCGACAAUUCCACAUCGUUCAGGACCGAGAAAGAUGCUGCUCCAAACGCAAAGUCGGCUAGAGGGUUCAAUGUCAUAGAUCGAAUGAAAGCCGAGCUUGAGAGAUUUUGUCCAAGGACAGUUUCUUGUGCAGAUGUUCUCACCAUCGCUUCUCAAAUAUCAGUGCUUUUGUCGGGAGGUCCAUGGUGGCCGGUUCCGUUGGGGAGGAGAGACAGCUUAGGAGCUUUCUUCGCUCUGGCAAAUACAGCUCUUCCUUCUCCAUUCUUCACUCUUGCUCAACUUAAAAAAAGUUUUGCUGACGUUGGCCUAAACCGCACCUCAGAUCUAGUCGCUCUUUCUGGUGGCCACACAUUUGGAAGGGCACAAUGUCAAUUUGUGACACCUCGUCUAUACAACUUCAACGGUACCAAUAGACCAGACCCAAGUCUUAACCCAACUUACCUUGCCCAACUCCGAGGAUUGUGCCCUCAGAACGGAAACGGCACUGUUCUAGUCAACUUCGAUGUCGUGACUCCAGAUACUUUCGAUAGUCAAUACUACACCAAUCUUCGUAACGGGAGAGGUCUGAUUCAGAGUGACCAAGAACUGUUUUCUACUCCACAAGCCGACACGAUUCCACUAGUGGAGCAAUACAGCGGAAACACGAAUGUGUUCUUUCGAGCAUUCGUUGAAGCAAUGAUUAGGAUGGGAAAUCUUAAACCUUUGACUGGAACUCAAGGUGAAAUAAGACUGAAUUGUAGGGUUGUGAAUUCGAGAAUUAGGAAUGUGGAGAAUGAGGAUGAGGGUGUUGUGAGUUCGAUCUGA